AUGGACAUCGAAGAUCUUCUGCGGCUUUCAACCACAUCCAAACGUAUGAAGGAGAUGAUAGAAAGAAUUAACUGGGACAUCGUGGACAUUUCGAUAGACUUUACUCUACUGAAGGGUUCUGUGAGAAUUCGACACAACACAUCUAGAUGGCCUAUGAAACAAUGCACAUUUGAGGUUAUUGGAAUGAAUGAAUUUUCUGAUCUCAAAAUUCGAAUCGGCAAUAUUUAUUUUGAUGGAAGGGCACCCACUUUGGAUGGAAACAAUGCGUCACCAGAAAGAGUAUUUCUUUCUAAGCAAUAUCAUUUCGUGAGCAUAUGCCUGUAUCUAUUUAUGAAUUUAUUCGGCGAGAUCCGACUACUCAAAGUUUCCCAUUCUUAUACCAGAGAAUUCGAAACCAGUGGACCCACCAGAAUUAAGUAUACAUCCAACAUGCCCAAGAUUUUCCAUAGAACUUUUGAAGCCACAAUGCGACAGGUGGCCGUACUGCAAGACACAUACGCGAGAACUUGCUUACCAGAUGGGCAAGUUCUAAAAGACGAGAUGAUGCUCAAUCACACAUCGAGUGGUUGCGUCAAAAAUGCUCAUUGGUUCAAAGGUUUACAUCUUCUCACACUUUCGAUGUCGACAGCAAUUUUCUUGAAGACAAAUCUCACUGAUAUUGAUAUAAUUGCUUUCAUAAGACACUUUAUGAAUUCAACCAAUCGAACUAUCAAAACCGUCAUUUUGUACCAGAAAGAAGAAAGAUCACUUAAUGAUGAACUAAUUUUCGGAGCUUUUGAUACAAAACCAUGGGAUCCACUUCAAAGAGACCAAGUUUAUACCGGAAGUCCAGAUUUACUGGUACUCUACUCAGAAGGAAAACACCUGCUCGAUUGUGCUGAUGGCUUCGACAUAGUACGCGAAGAUGGUCUAAUGUGCACACUCAAAAUAUGGAAUUCGACAUGCUUCUGCUUUUACGUCUGGCACCAGAGAUUCAAAGACGAGUAG